AUGGAAAUCUCGCGCGAAGAGCGGCAGCGGCUGCUCCAGGAGAAGAAGCUGCAGCUGGCCCUCGCCAAGGAGGGAAGGCGACGUGCCGAUGACGAGCGCCGUCGCACCAUCCUCCCGCAACAAGCCGCCGCCCUCGCCAACGGCGUACCGCGCGCGACUCUGACGGACGCGGAGCUGCAGGGGCUGCUGGCCGACGCCGGCGUGCCCACCCACACCUCCUCCACCAACACCACCACCACCCAGCCAUCCCAGCAGCCCGCCGGCCACGGCACCGACGACGAGCGCGCCGCCACCAAGGAGAACGGUUUCGCGCACCCGAAAUCGCAGCUGGCCAGCACGACGUCCCGGAUGAUCAGCCUCACCAUCACCGAACCGACGAGCAUCGCCAUCCAAAAGGACUCGGCCAUCUACUGCAAGACGACGCAGACGGACGACGAUCGCAUCGGCCACGCCGACUUCUCUGAUGGGAGCCAAGAUUUGUGCUUCGACGACGACAUGAUGCCCUACAGACAGUCGCACGAUGACAGGUCCCCGGACGAGCACAACAUCUUGACGCGGCUCGGGUUCGGGCGUCGACCGGCCGAAGAGGCCCCCGCCGAGGAGGAGCAGCGCGUCCCCGAUCUGUCCGAGGAGGAGAAGCACCAGAUCAUGACCACACUCGCCUUCCAGGCGUUCUUCGGGAAGGCGUCGAAGAUCCUGGAGCGAGCCAUCACCGAAGACGAUCGCGUCUUCACCGACUACGCCGCCGACGACACGAUGCAGGAGGAGAACGUCGUCGAGCGAUUGACGUACCGCCGCACGUUCGCCGACGCCAAGUGGACGGCCGGACGCGAGGUGGUCGCCAUCAGCUUCUCCGAGAAGUUCCCCGAGCUGUUCGCCGUCGCCUACGACACGAACCAGGACCAGCCGUCCGAGCCGGCCGGCGUGCUCGCCGUCUACAGCACCAAGUUCAAGAAGGACAACGCUGAGUUCAUCUUCCACACGCAGUCGCGCAUCACGUCGAUCGCGUUCGCGCGCUACCACCCGAAUCUGCUGCUGGCCGGCUGCUACACGGGCCAAAUCUGCAUGUGGGACAACCGCGUGUUCAACAAGAAGACCCCCAUCAAUCGGUCGCCCCUGUCGACGAUGACGCACACGCAGCCGAUCUUCUCCAUCCAGGUCGUCGGCACGCACAACUCCAGCAAUUUGGUGUCAAUCUCGACGGACGGGAAAAUGUGCAGCUGGAAUGUGGACAACCUCGCCCAGCCGGUCGACAUGAAGAUGCUGUCGGCGAAGAGCGAUCGGGGGCUCCGAUCGAUCCACCCGACGUGCAUGGCGUUCCCGGCCAACGACUGCAGCAACUACGUCGUCGGCGCCGAGGACGGCAUCGUCCACCUGCUGAGCCGGCACGGGUCGAACGCGGAGAACCAGCUGAUCGAGCAGCAAUUCUUCGAGGGACACUCGGCCCCGAUCUCGGCCGUCUCAUUCCACCGCACACCCAUCAACGCCCAGAUCGACUUCUCGCAUCUGUUCCUCUCCGCCUCGUGCGACUGGAGCGUCAAGCUGUGGAGCAUCAAGGAUCCACUGCUGCGGCACUCGUUCGAGAUGCACACCGAGUACGUCUACGAUGUGCAGUGGUCGCCCGUCCACCCAGCCCUCUUUGCCACCAUUGAUGCCGAUGGCACGUUGUGCCUAUGGAAUCUGAACGAGGACAUCGAGGGACCGGUGGCCAAGAUUCCGAUUGACAAAGAGAACGGACAGGCGCAGGGCCGGAAACUCGCCUUCUCCCUCAAUGGCCAAUUCAUCGUGACCGGCGACGACCACGGGACGGUGAACGUGUUCGAGUUGCAGGAGAACCUCUACAGCCCCAAGUCCGACGAGUGGAUCAAGUUUGAACGGGUACUCGCCGACGCGAAGGCGGCCAAGCUGGAGACGGACGAGAUGGGCGAGUUGGUGGCUGGUGGCGGUGGUCGUGCUCCAUCUUCGACGAAUCUGCCCUCAUCUACAACAAUCAUCAAUCCCUCUACCACCACCACCACCAUCCCAUCAAAUAUCUCGAUUCUGGCGGGUGGCGGCGGUGGCGGUAGCCCCCGACAGAAUUGGGCC